AUGUCUGAUUUUGCUCGAGACGAAGAGACAGAUGCAGCUGAGUUUCGGUUACAACUUUCUAAACCGCAUGAACAUCGUAGGAGAAGUUUUCUGGUCACUGCAUGUUUAUCGUUAAGUACUGUGCUGUUCUCUGCUUAUCUUUUCAUAAGCAUUAUCUCUUCUUUAAAGGGAUCUGGGACAUUGAACAACGGUAGUGGUCCCAGAUUGCCUAACAAACAAAUAGAUUACACGAAAGAUGGUUUGUUAAAAGUAUCUUUUGCAAACGUCAGGAACAGGACGUUUCAACCUGAGGUAAAACCAUUGCAAUGGAUUAGCACUCCAGAUUCACACAAAAAUGAUAAGGGGUUGUAUGUUACCUUUGAAAAUGACACAUACUCAGUACGUUCAGUACUCGAUGAAAGUUACUCCAAGACAUUAUUUGAAGGUACCUCAUUCACUUACGACAGUAAAAACUACACAGUUGAUGCUGUGGUUGCGUCCCCCGAGCUAAGCAAAGUGUUGAUCAGAUCAGAGACAGAAAAAGGUUGGAGACAUUCUACAUUUGGUACGUAUUUUGUUUAUGAAAACGAUAGUUUCCACAAGAUUGAUUCCGAGAUCUCAAUUGCUAAAUGGUCACCCAAUUCUAGGGAUAUCGUGUAUGUGAAAGGAAAUGAUAUAUAUCUAUACUCUUCGGAUUCACAUGAGACAUCGAAAAGAAUCACAAAUGACGGAAGCGAGUUGGUCUUCAACGGUAAGCCUGAUUGGGUUUAUGAGGAAGAGGUAUUAGAAGGAGACACCGCGCUAUGGUGGUCUCCAACGGGGGACUAUUUGGCUUUCUUUAAGAUAAAUGAAACUAGUGUCGAGGAAUUUCCUAUUCCAUAUUUUGUCCAAGAGAAUCAAACAAAUUCUGCUUAUCCUGAGCUACGGAAGAUUAAAUACCCGAAGAGUGGAUCGUCAAAUCCUAUCAAUAAGCUUAACAUUUAUGAUCUGUCAGCUGACAAAGUCUCUCAAAUUGAUUCUACGAGUGAUGAUUCGCUCAUCACUGAAGUCACAUGGGUCGGAAACCAUGAAAUUAUUGCAAAAGUUUCAGAUCGUUCUUCAGACAUUUUGACCGUCAUCAUGGUAGAUGCCGCGGAUGGAUCGCGUAGUGAAGUGUCUCGAAUAGAAGAAAGCGAUGGUGGGUGGUGGGAGAUCACUCACAAGACCACUUUUGUUCCUAAAGAUAAGUCAAGAUCAAGAUCAUAUAAUGGUUACAUUGACUUGGUACCGGUUGAUGGCUACAAUCAUCUCGUAUACUUUACAACAAACGUAACCACAGAGAUUCCAAGUGUUGUCUUAACCUCAGGUGAAUGGGAAGUCGUGGAUGGACCAGCUGCUUUCGAUGAAGAGUUCAACAAUGUAUAUUUCAUUGCUACUAAAAAGUCAUCGACGGAAAGACAUUUAUAUUACGUCAAUUUAGAAAGGCCACAGAAGGUUUAUGCUGUUACCGAUGAAAGGUUAAAUGGGUACUAUUCUGCUUCUUUCUCAGCAGGCGCAAGAUUCUUGCUAUUGAACUACUUAGGACCAGAUGUCCCUUAUCAAAAGAUAAUUGAUUUAAAGUCAGACACUAAAGAUAAGAAUAUUCGAGGAAAUAUCAUCGGCAAGACUUUAUACUACCUUGAAAAAAAUGAAAAGCUACAUAAUUCUUUGAAACGAUAUGCCAUCCCAGCUAGAAUUUUCCGUGAAUUGACUCUGGGUAAAGACCAAAACGGUUCUGAUAUUAUCGUGAACUCUUACGAAAUAUUACCUAAUGAUUUCGACCCUUCCUUAAAGAACCAUUACCCCGUAUUCUUCUUCGCCUAUGGUGGUCCAAACUCACAACAAGUAGCGCAAACAUUUGGUAUCGGAUUCAAUCAAGUAAUAGCAAGUCAAUUGGAUGCUAUUGUUGUCGUAGUUGAUGGCCGAGGUACAGGAUUUAAGGGUAAAGAAUUCCGGUCUAUCGUUCGUGGUAACUUAGGUGACGUGGAAUCCACUGAUCAAAUCCUCGCGGCAAAAUUGUACGGCCAAAAUUCAUACGUGAACAAAGAAAAGAUCUCGUUGUUCGGAUGGUCAUAUGGAGGUUAUUUAACUUUGAAAACGUUAGAAAAGGACGCAGGAAAACAUUUCAAAUACGGAGUUUCUGUUGCUCCCGUCACCGAUUGGCUACUAUAUGACUCUGUGUACACCGAAAGAUACAUGCACACACCCCAAAAGAAUCCAGAGGGGUACGAUAAAUGUAAAGUACACAAUGCAACCGCGUUUGCGACUGUACCAAGGUUCCUCUUGAUGCAUGGUACUGCUGACGACAACGUUCAUUUCCAAAAUUCAUUGAAGUAUUUGGAUCUCCUAAACUUGAACAAUAUCGAAAAUUACGACGUCCACGUAUUCCCAGAUUCUGAUCACAGUAUUCAGUACCACAACGCAAACGUCAUCGUAUUCAAUAAGAUCUUGAAUUGGAUUAGACAUGCCUAUAAUGGGGAUUUCCUUCUGUAA